UCGAAUCCCAGCUCCCACUCCAGAAUGCACAAGAAAUCACAACUUGCAAAAGUUCCUGGCAGCAGAGGUUGCCAUCCUUCCCAGGACUGAAUCACCGAGGAAACCGCCCGUGACCACGGAGCACCCAGGAGCACAUCUCCUUUUAUGGUCUAGCGGUUUGCGCGGGUAUCGUUGCACACCUGCCCUGUGGCCGACUGCAGGACAACCGGGGAAGAGGCGUGGGUGCAAAGGAGGGCGUGCCGGCCAGCAAACCAGGUCCGCCAGAAAGGCGGCGCGGGAGAAUCUGGGCAGCGAGCGAGCGAGGCUGGGCGGCUGAAGGCGGGCGGGCGUGCGCACGGCGAGCGCGGCGACUGGUGGAGACGCGCAGCUUGGAGGGCGCGCGGUGGGGGCGGCGGCGCUGAUUUAUUAGCCUGCAAUCUGGCUUCGCGGGGCCGGGCGGAGGCCUGAUAAGAGUCCUGAAUGGGCUUGAUGUCAGCAGCGUGAUGUCAGACUCGUAGCUCCCCGGACGGCAGCAGGAGCAGGAGCAGCAGGCGCCUCUCCCGCCCAGCAAGAGCCGCCUCCUCCUCUGCUGCCAAGCGGCACCUCCGCCGCUGAGCGCCCCCCCACCCCGCGCCUCAACUUUCAGCUGUGGCUCCCGGCAAGUCUCCCAGGGCUGGCCGCACCGUAGCCCCUGGGGCGUCCCGGGCAUCCUGCGCUGCGCUGCGCGGCUUGGCGCUCCUGAAGGGGUGAUUUCCACACAAAUAGUUCUUUUAGUGCCAAAGAAGCCUUCUUUCCAAAAUGGCGCCUACACUCAGGAUACUGCUACUAUGCCUCUGGCUCUUAACACUUCCCAUUAAUGUGUGCUUGGCUCAAGAAACCCCUCCACCAGGAUGUGGCAAGGACCUUCAAGCCAUUUACUACAACCUCUGUGACCUGUCAGCAGCCUGGGGCAUCGUGUUGGAGGCAGUGGCUAGUUUUGGUGUUGUGAUCACCUUUGUCCUCACUGUGAUCUUGGUGGCCAGUUCACCUUUUGUCCAGGACCACAGGAAGAAAAGCUUAAUAGGGACUCAAGCUUUUUUUCUGGUGGGCACCUUUGGGCUGUUUUGCCUGACAUUUACCUUCAUCGUCAAGCAAUAUUUUUCGACAUGUGCCUCACGACGUUUCCUCUUUGGUGUCCUCUUUGCUAUUUGCUUCUCUUGCCUGGUAGCGCAUUCCCUCAACCUGAAUUUUCUUGCUCGGCGGAACCACGGUCCCCGGGGUUGGAUUACCUUUGGUGUGGCUUUGCUUCUUGUUUUGGUUGAGGUGAUUAUCAAUGCUGAAUGGCUCAUUAUCACUCUAGUGAGAAACAGUGGUGCAUCCAAGGAUCCCUGCCUCGUGGACAAUGUUGAUUUCGUCAUGGCACUCAUCUAUGUCAUGUUCUUGCAAGUGACUAGCUUUGUUGCCACUUGGCCUGUCUUGUGUGGACGUUAUAAGCACUGGAGGAAACAUGCUGUCUUCAUCCUCCUUACCACUUCACUUUCCAUGGCCAUCUGGGUAGUGUGGAUUGUCAUGUAUGUUUAUGGCAACAAGCAGAAAGGCAGCUUAUCUUGGAAUGACCCAACACUGGCCAUUGCUCUCAUCUCCAAUGCCUGUGUCUUUGUCUUCUGUUACAUCAUCCCUGAGAUUUCUCAGUUGAUCAGGCCAGGGCCAGAGCAGGUCUAUGAGGACGAUGUCUACCCUACCAGGGGAGUGGGAUACGAAACAAUCCUCAAGGAGCAGAAAUCCCAGAGCAUGUUUGUGGAGAACAAAGCUUUCUCAAUGGAUGAACCUUCUUCAGCUAAAAAACCUGUAUCACCGUACAGUGGAUACAAUGGGCAGAUACUGACAAGUGUGUACCAGCCCACAGAGAUGGCUAUCAUGCACAAAGGGCCUAUGGAAGGCACCUAUGAUGUUAUCCUCCCUCGUGUCACAGCCAACAGCCAAGUGAUGGGCAGUGCCAAUUCCACACUGCGUGCUGAGGAUGCCUACUUUUCACAGAACAAGCAGCCAGUGACACAGAAGGAUGGACAGGCCUCGUCUCCAUAUAUCAAGAGUAGAUGGUAACAGCCUACAUUUUGAGUUUGGGAAGACCCCGUUCCAGGAGAAGACCAUGCUAACUUUGCCUUCUUGAAGGAGCAUCUGAUGGGGCUAGUCCUCAAUGAACUAUUUUAGAUUCAUCCUGGAAGAUGAGACAAUGUGUUUUUUUCCCUUUGUUGUGUAUAUCCCAAGUGCUCUGCUUGGUCCCUUGCUAUUGAAGAUCUUGGUCACAGUGCUGCUGUAUUUAAUUCUGGACAGUGGGACUUCUGUUCUGUUUGGAGCUGUCAUUCAGGUUAUUCUUAGUGCCACCUCUCCAAAGCAGCUAGCCAGCACUUUGGGAGGCCCUCCCCCCAUUUUUUUUACUUCACAUCUUUGAGAACCAGGUUGACCCUGUUGUAAGUGUCUAGCCUUCUCCAGAAAUUCUUUGUGUUUAUGCUAUAUAAGCAGGACUUUGCUGGUGUUGACAAGGCCACUUUUUGGUUGCAAUUCAGCCUCUUGUUGGAUUAUUGAGCGCCUCUUCUUUCCGUCUUAUUGCCAGGCCCUGCAACUGAGAAGGGUUGCAUUGCAAUUCUCCUGAUGGAGUUCAUACAGAUGCCCGUCAUUGUCAAGCUGUGGAGAAACACUGACAUAUGCAGCAGGACAUUUUGCAUUCAUGACCUAAGCUGUGGCAAGCUUUGCUGCCUUUGGCCCAUGACCUGGAGGGUGCAGUGCUAUGCUGCUCCCAAAAUCCUUGUUUUCUCACCUGCUGUCAUCUUGACACAACUAAGGCAGCGUAUGACUCCUCAAUGCUUGGAGUGUUGCUCAAUAUCAGAGCGGGAAAUAGAGGAUGCUCGUUUUUCUUUAGGAGGCAACAUCCCAGCAACUCUGGAUGAUGUAGGACCCUGUGAUGUUGAUGGCUUCCUGAGGGCCAUCUAUUCAAUGUGUUGGGUGUUAACAACUAAUGCUGUGUGCAUGUGAGUGUGGAAGACCUACUGGUUGUGCAGAGGUUCUGUGAGGAUUCAGGUGGCAAAUCCUUCUUUCUGUGCAACUUGGGAAUUGACCGAGCCCUUACAAUAUUUGCUAAAUCAUCUAUAAAACUUGCCUUGUUAGUAGCUGUUAUCAUGAAAAGGGCCUCUUCCUUGUUCUCUGAUGAGAGCUCAGUGACCAGCAACAGCCCUCUGUUGCCCAUAGUCUUUCUAUGGAUUGUCAAGUCCCUCUAUGCAGCAGUUCUCACUGACAUGGUGCCUACCCGAUAAAUGGAAUGCUGACCCAGUGAGAUGGGCCUGUGCUUAUCUCAGGAGGUUCCUUAGCCUUCAAGGUAGCCUACGUUCCCCUGCUCACCACUAUGUGCCAGUUGUUGGGCUAUGGGCUAAACGUAGUCUUUAUGUCCUCCCCACUUUUCUCUUCAAAGGAGUUGCCCAGCUUGCCUUCAUUAUUGAGAAGAGACGAAUGAGACAGGAAACAGACAUGGCUGACAGGAGGUGGGGCCAAGGACAAGUGCAGCAGAAAUGGAGUGGGAAGGUCCUAGUAGUGCUUUUUCAUCAGUCCUGUUCUGGCCUCUGAGGCUGGUGUCUGCAGUGCCUUUUGUAAAUGGCCCUUCAUUUUAAGCUCUCUGGGCAGGCAGGUUUUAUUCAUUGGGAAGGAAGGACCACAUCCUGCUGUAAAGCUCUGUCCUGUCUUUUAGUGCUUAGAAAUAUCAAGGACCAAUUUACAGUCCUCUGAACUAUAGUGAAUCGUAGAGAGGCUUGCACUGAGUUGUGUUUUCUACCCACCCGUUUUGAGAAGUUUCUGUGCUUUGCUGGUGUGUAUAGCAUGUGGGCGAAAACAAUAUAUGCUUAACGAAGUGCUAUGUGAGGGGUUUUUUUUCUUAUGUACGCUGGCUGUGAAUGAAUGGCAGAAGAAGGUAAGGAGGAAUGUGUGUGAGUGUUAUAUUUUAAUCCAAUUGUUAUUUAAAGAAAGCGUGUUCUUCUAGAGCUGGCUUUAUAGCCCAGUUAUCUGGCAAAUAAAAUCUUUUUUUCCUAAA